GAUGAGGUUAAUAGGGGAACAAAGGGAGGGCAGCUAGGGUUCUAGGGACUUUGCCCUUGACCUGAGGGUAUAAAGUGGAGGGUCCCAGCUUCUCUUCAGGCUCUUGGGAUUUCCCUGAGCAGCUGAGCAGGAGCCGAAACACAGAACCCCAAGAACCCUGCACAUGUGCCCAGGAUGAUGUCCUACAGAGACAGGCUGGGGGGCCCUGCUGUCUCCCCACUCCCGGUCAGGGGCCAUGUGAUGCGUGGGGCGGCCUUUGCCUACGUGCCCAGCCCUCAGGUCCUGCACAGGAUCCCAGGGACCGCUGCUUAUGCCUUCCCCAGCCUGGGCCCGGUGGCCCUCGCUGAGCCCGGCUGCCCCUUCGGGGAGGUUCUAGAGCUCCAUGACCCACUGCCCACCAAGCUGGCCCUGGAGGAGGAGCCGAAGCCAGAGCCCGGGCUAGCCCAGAAGCUGCGCUGGGCUGCCGUGACGCUGCUCAAGGUGCCCCUGAUGCUCGCUUUCCUCUAUCUCUUUGUGUGCUCCCUGGACGUGCUCAGUUCUGCCUUCCAGCUGGCUGGAGGGAAGGUGGCUGGUGACAUCUUCAAGGACAAUGCCAUCCUGUCCAACCCGGUGGCGGGGCUGGUGGUGGGCAUCCUGGUGACCGUGCUGGUGCAGAGCUCCAGCACCUCCACCUCCAUCAUUGUCAGCAUGGUCUCCUCUGGCUUGCUGGAGGUCAGCUCUGCCAUCCCCAUCAUCAUGGGCUCCAACAUUGGCACCUCUGUCACCAACACCAUCGUGGCCCUGAUGCAGGCAGGGGACAGGACCGACUUCCGGCGGGCCUUCGCGGGGGCCACUGUGCACGACUGCUUCAACUGGCUAUCGGUUCUCGUCCUGCUGCCCUUGGAGGCUGCCACUCGAUACCUGUACCACAUCACUCGAUGGGUGGUGGCCUCCUUCAACAUCCUCAGCAGCCGAGAUGCCCCAGACCUGCUCAAGAUCAUUACGGAGCCCUUCACUAAGCUCAUCAUCCAGCUGGACAAGUCCGUGAUCACCAGCAUUGCCAUGGGCGAUGAGUCCCUGAGGAACCACAGUCUCAUCAGGAUCUGGUGCCACCCAGACGCCACAGAGGUUUCCACCCCCAUGUCCAGGGCAGAGGCCAACAGCAGCCAGACCCUCGGAAACUCGAGCAUGGAGAAAUGCAACCACAUCUUUGUGGACACAAGUCUGCCUGACCUGGCUGUGGGGCUCAUCCUGCUGGCUGGCUCCUUGGUGCUCCUGUGUACCUGCCUCAUCCUGCUUGUCAAGAUGCUCAACUCUCUGCUCAAGGGCCAGGUGGCCAAGGUCAUUCAGAAGGUCAUCAACACCGACUUCCCCGCCCCCUUCACCUGGGCCACGGGCUACUUAGCCAUGGUGGUGGGCGCCGGCAUGACCUUCGUUGUCCAGAGCAGUUCUGUGUUCACCUCGGCCAUCACCCCACUCAUCGGCCUAGGUGUGAUCAGCAUCGAGCGCGCCUACCCGCUCACGCUGGGCUCCAACAUCGGCACCACCACCACGGCCAUCCUGGCCGCUCUGGCCAGCCCCCGGGAGAAGCUGCCCAGCGCCUUCCAGAUCGCCCUCUGCCACUUCUUCUUCAACAUCUCGGGCAUCCUGCUGUGGUACCCAUUGCCCUGCAUGCGCCUGCCCAUCCGCAUGGCCAAGACACUAGGCAAACGCACCGCCAAGUACCGCUGGUUUGCCGUCCUGUACCUCCUGCUGUGCUUUCUGCUGCUGCCCUCACUGGUGUUCGGCAUCUCCAUGGCAGGCUGGCGGGCCAUGGUGGGCGUGGGUGCGCCCUUCGCGGCCCUGCUGGCCUUCGUGGUGCUCAUCAGCGUUCUGCAGAGUCGCAGCCCGAGACACCUGCCCAAGUGGCUGCAGACCUGGGAGUUCCUGCCCCACUGGAUGCACUCCCUGCAGCCCCUGGACCGCCUCAUCACCCGGGCCACCCUGUGCUGUGCCAGGCCCGAGCCCCGCUCACCCCCGCUGCCUACCAGGGUCUUCCUAGAGGAGCUGCCCCCAGCCACACCCUCUCCCCGCCUUGCCCUGCCUGCACACCACAAUGCCACCCACCUCUAGGCUGCAGCCCUGACUGCCACUAGGGUGGGGAACGGCCUGUGCCUGAUGCCCUCGGUGGGAGGCCAGGGGCUGUCUAGGUACCCUGGGCUCACUCCUGUGCUUGUGCAGGUCCCCAGAGGUCUGGGCUGUGGGAUCCUGUGUGUUGGCCUGCACAGGUGCACAGUGCAGAGCCCCUGGGGCUCUGUGCAGGCCACAGCUGGCCUGGGUGUGACUUUCAGUCCUUUGCACACUGUUUGGAGGCCUGUCCUUGUGUAGUUGUGUCCACACAGCUCCAGCUGGGCCGGUUGGAAGUAGGGAGGAUCUGAGUGUGUGAUUUGCCGCUGUCUGCUCGUACAUAACUGUGGUUGGUGCCUGAGUCACUGGCUGGAUUCUCGCCCCCUCCCCAUCACUAUCCUUCAUCCUUGACACCAUGCUUCUCAUCCUCACCCGGCAUUCUGCAUCACCGCUACAACCCCUUUCCGAACACUGCCUGAUUUAAAGUGGGGGGGGGGGGGAAUAAUUAAACUUUCAUUAUGCACUUGAACAUCAGUUUGCUCUCAUCUAAUGGUGAGGAGAGGCCAUGGGCUGGGACUCAGAAACACCACUCCCCCCCAAGACAGCCGCUACUCCCAGAGAGAGUGGGCCUGCAAGCUUGCCCAGCAAUCCUCCUGGCCGUGCCGUACUGAGUCCAGUCCACAGCUCAGACACCCUGCAAGCCCCCCAAGGCCACCGGCAGGGCAUGUGCCCUCAGGUUCUCUGCACCUCCAUUCCCCACCCCACCAGGCUGACUUCCUCUGGUUCCUCCUGGUCUCUGUGUUCACCCACGUCUCGGGCUCCCUCCCUCCCUCUUUUGGCUUUCCUGGUGCUCAUCAGCGUCCUGCAGAGGCACAGCCCAUGGCACCUGCCCAAGUGGCUGCAAACGUGGGAUUCCUGCCCUGCCAGACAUGAAAUCAGUUCUCCCCAAAACAAGUGACAGGUGACAACUUAUCAGGGCCACUGGGGGAGGGGCCAGGAAGUCCGGGAUGGACAAGAGAAGCCAUGCCCUGUGUAUCAGCAUAGAGAGAGCAAGGACCAGCCAUCCUCCCUCCUCCCAGCUUGGCCCUCUAUCUUUGGCAAUAAACCAUGCCUCAUUUAACCCA